AUGAAAGGCAACAUGCAAGACUCCAAUCUUGUUGUCGAUAUUACAGUUCACCGAGCAAGCGGGCUUCCAGCUCUCAAAACCUGGGGCGGCGAAAACAGGGCGUUUUACGUCACAAUCGAUGGCAGCACGAAAGCGAAGAACAAGAAGAGGACCAAGGCAGUGCGUAGUACUGAACAUUGUGUGGAGUGGGAGGAGAAACUGAGUGAUGUCACACUACGUUCUCAUUCGCCUUUGACGCUAAUUAUGCACGCAAAACAUCGGGUUCGCGAUAUCAUGAUCGGAAAACUGGUAGUUGAGGCUAUAUCCACUGCAAGGGAGGCCACAUUCACUGUCAUGACUAUCAACGGGCACGAGCUAAAAAUUAUCCUCACCAUCAAAGUUCAUGAAAGCCGAUCUAAACCUGUCGAUCCUGUAACUCUAAAUGGACCAAGUGUUUUACCGCUUGACUCGAUGAUAAAAGAGACCGAAUCAGCACUGGAUAACGCUGAUAGAACCGUCAAGGCAAUCAAUAUCCACGAUGAGUGGAGGGGUGUGGUUGAGAACGUUCAAUGGGUUAUGCAGACAGUGAAAGAUGUGGCAGAAAUUCACCCGUAUACUGAAUUGGCCUGGGGUAUUCUUUCUGCAUUCCCCGAGAUGAUUCUUUCUCAAUUCGAGCGAGACCAAAACGUCGUGAUGCUGGUCAAAGCUAUGCGCGAUACAUUCGAUUUGACACAGGCGAAAGACAUUCUCGUAGCUAUUAAGCCAGGCUCGAAUCAAGCGCUAAUUCUCAAGACCAUGUUAAAGCAUGUUUCCAUUUGCAAUGACGUUAUCCAGCGCUACGCGAGCGAUAAACAAUUUGUUAAACGUUUGUUUAAGAACAUCACUGGAGAGGCGAGUGAUGAAAUUCAAACUCUCUGCGACACUCUUACGAACCUGAGGCGGGACUUUGUGGACAACGGCAUCAUCAAUAUGCAAAUCGCUGUGCACCUGAUUCAGCAGAGCCUCAGUAUCUUGUCCAAUGACACCACAACUUUAGAUUUUAACGCGAAGAUCAACGAUCUUCCCUACAGAUCUGGUUGGAGUAUGGCUGGUAACAGAUCAGGGUGCCUCGAGGGCACCCGCGCUGAUUUCUUGGAAUACAUUCUUGACUGGAUCAGCAACCAGCAAUCUGUACGUUGUCUCGUCUUAUUCGGCAAACUGGGCACUGGGAAAUCGUCCAUAGCGUUUGAAAUCGCGUCACGCUUCUGUUUCGAUGAGCAUCCCGGAUCUUACUUCUCUUUCGUUCGGGCCCAGAGAUCUAAGCAGACGGACCAUUAUCUUUUCACAACCAUCAUUCGCGACAUGGCUGACCGCUAUCCAUUGUUCAAACUCGAGCUAGGCAAAAUAAUCGCUAACAAUACGCUUCUCAGAACUUCUGAUGACUUCGAUCAGCUAUUUGAAAUUCUACUUUUGAGGCCCCUUCUGGCAGUGAAGGCCAUGAAAACUCCUGACCUCAUUGUUAUUGAUGGCCUUGACGAAAGCGGAGAUCCGGAGACGAUGGCACAUUUCCUUUCGCGAUCCCUUAAAAGGCUCCCUCUUAAUUUUCGUGUGCUUAUCACCUCAAGGUCAGAGGGUAAUAUCGAGUCUUAUUUCCGCGCCAUUCUUGAUCCUCCAUUCAAAAUCAUCCAGAUGGACGAUCCCAACCUAGCGUCCAAAGUGGAGGACGACAUUCGCCUGUACUUUCAAACCCACUUGAAACCCCACCUAUACGAGAAACAUGGCGACGAUUUGGUGAAUAAAGCUAAUGGGCUAUUCCAAUGGGCUUCAGUUGCCUGUGGACACCUCAAGAAGCGUCCAGCAGGUUAUACCGAGAAAGACUGCCUACGUGGCCUUCUCGGCGGUCGCGAAGACGACAAAAAAUUUGGUGAAGGGCUCGCCUCCAACCUCUACAGCCUGUACACCGAAGUGCUAUCCGCACAUUUCACACCCGACAAAUGGACCAUCGUGCGUCCAAGGUUUUGCUUAGUCAUGGGACAGCUUUUGGCUGCGUUUGAAUCCCUUUCUGUGGAUACCCUGACUGAGUUGCGACGGUUCAAUGUUCACGACGAUGACUACGAUGACGAGUCGGUUCCCGCGGUGGUCGAAUGCAUGGGCUCACUUAUGAGUAACGUCACUUCUGGAAAUCAUCACUUACCUGUUGUGCCUCUUCAUACAUCAUUUCGCGACUUCCUCAUAAGUGAAUCGAAUCCACAUAAGAUUGGGCUCAUCAGAAACCAGCACCCUUACGGGGUGCUGGUUCCUGAUGAGCCCAAUCUUACAUUCUCUGUUGACAUUUCUACAGCGCAUGAGGAACUGGCGAACGCUUGUCUUGGAUUGAUGAUACAUGAACUCACAUUCAAUAUUUGUCGACUCGAAUCCUCGCAUCUCCUAAACACCGAUGUGGACGACCUCCAUUCACGCAUUAAUAGGUUUAUUUCUCCUGCUCUACUCUAUGCCUGCCGAUUCUGGGGUGACCAUUUGACUCGCUCUGCGUUCAGCAUCGAACUGCUUGAGAAACUUGAAACUUUCUUUUUCAACAAGUUCCUUUUCUGGUUGGAGAUCCUUAGUGUCACUCAAAACGUGCAAAUUGCUGUUGAAGCCAUCACCGUUGCUACAAAAUGGCUUCAAAUUGGUUUGAUCAUUUCUGACUCGCGUGAAAUGACAGACAGAAUUCGAGAGCUGAUUGACAUGGUUUCAGAUGGCCUUACAUUCGUUCGGUACUUUGGAAAGAUAAUUGCAAUGAGUACACCCCACAUAUACGUAUCGGCUCUCCCAUUUGCUCCUUCUUCUUCUAGAAUUUACAGCACCUAUUCCAUCAAAUUUCCUUCAUCAGUUACGCUCAUAAAAGGGCGCUUAUCCCAUUGGCCAACAAUGGAACUCUCCAUAUCGGUGGACACUCUGAUUGUGUGCGUCGAGUUCUCACCGGAUGGGAAAUGGAUAGCUUGUGGCCUUCUUGAUGGCCCUAUAUGUCUAUGGAACUCUACUACGGGGGCUAUCAAAAAUACCCGGUUUGUGGGACAUACUGGCCAGGUAUACAGUGUGGCCUUUUCUCCAAACGCACAGCAUAUACUUUCUGGCUCUAGUGACCGUACAAUUCGCUUAUGGAAUGUGGCAACAGGCACCCCGGUUGGAGGCCCUUGGACUGGACACACUGGUUCUGUAACUUGUGUCGCGUUUUCUCCAGACGGACGCUAUGUCGUCUCUGCAUCUUAUGAUUGUACCAUUCGAGUAUGGGAUGCUGCUACAGGUUCAACGAUUGGAAACCCAGUCACUGCACAUACAAAGGGCAUACGUGCUAUUGCCUUUUCGCCAAACGGAAAGCGUAUUGUGUCUGGAUCAGGUGAUCUCAAUGUUUGCCUAUGGACGUUCAACUCGGCACAGGGUACAAUUCUGGGCCCAACUGUUUCCUGGAGUGUCCCCAGUAUAGUAUCUUCGGUAGCUUUCUCGCCGAACAGCGAACAAAUUGCCGUUGGAUGCUUUGAUAGGAAUGCAUAUAUAUGGGACGAUUUAUCAGAACUGGCGAAUCCUGUAGCACUAACUGGCCACGCAUUUUCUGUCAACUCGGUUAAAUUCUCACCUGACGGGCAGCACCUUGUCUCCGGCUCUACAGACGGGAAGCUUUUCUUGUGGAACACUAGUACAAAGGCUCUAGACGGCGUUCCACUGAUAGGUCCUCCGGGAAGUGUUCGCUCAGUGGCAUUUUCCUCUGACGGCCAGCGCAUUGCUUCAAUCGCAGAUCAAAUAAUUCUAGUAUGGAACGCCAAUUCUGCCAAACACGCACCACAGACAGGCAGUGUUCCCUCCUAUAAACUCACUGGACCAGUUAGAUCCGUUGCAAUGUCUCCUUCCCAAAAUAGCCCUUUGGCGGCUUCUGGUUCAGAAGAUGGUACAGUCUGCUUGUGGAAUACAGAGACAGAUUGCAUCGUAGCAGGACCGCUACAUGGACAUACUGGCCAAAUAAAUUGGUUUUCGUUUUCCCCGGAUGGAGAACGACUUGUAUCGGCCUCGAAUGAUUGCACACUCUGUAUCUGGAAUGUGGUGGACAGCGGACGGAUGCAAGGAUCGCCUUGUGUGGGUCACACUGAUUCCGUUUGCUGUGUAUGUUUCUUCCCUGAUGGAAAGACAAUUGUCUCUGGCUCUCAAGAUGGGGACGUCUUCCUGUGGGAUACUGAAACCGGGACAGUAACUGAACGCCUACCCAUUGAUCAUCCUGACGCUGUGGUUUCUAUGAACUUUUCUCAGGAUGGGCGACAGUUUGUAAUCGGUCAUCAACGCGGUGUAAUCCAGGUUUGGGAUGUUCUAGAGACAAAAGCAAGUAUGAAACGUCGCUUCGUUGCUCGUGGGGAUAAAGUCGUUAUCAAUGUUGGCUUCAUCUCUGAUGGAGAACUGAUAAUCGCUUGCUUUAUUGAUGGCACGGCCACCAUUUGGAACUCUAACACAGGAGAUAUACUGGAAGAUUCAUUGAAUAUUACUGAUGACCAAGGCACACAGGUCACCUCAGUUUCACUAUCGCUACAUAGUCCUUCCCGUAUCGCUGUCGCCCUCAGAGACCACACUAUCAUUGUAUGGGAUUGGGCCACCUACCCAUUGGUAAAGUCUCUGCCUCCAUUUAAAGGGCAUGUUGGUUUUGUAAACUCUCUUGCCUUUUCGCAAAAUGGAGACCAGAUUGUGUCUGGAUCGGAUGAUUGUACAAUUCGGGUGUGGAAGGUAGAGGCGGAGACAGUCGGCCACGAGGAAUUGCCUUCUGUCGAUAUUUCGAAAGUGGACGGUGACGGGUGGAUACGCGGAGUCCAUGGUGAAUUGAUCAUCUGCAUUCCCCAAACGUAUUUGCCUGCAUUACAGCGUCCGGAAAGCACGGUUGCGAUCUUUGCAAAUAAUCCAAUCCGCCUAGAUUUCUCUAAAUUUUUGCACGGGCAGGAAUGGUAUAGCUCUUAUUCAACAAACACCUGA